AUGGAGUCGCUUGCGGCGACCAGUGUCCUGGCCAGAAACAACUUGUGUCCGGUCGCUUUAAACGAUGGCCACGGUUCUGAAACGAUCCACAAUUGGACACAGCAACUACUCAAGUACGGACUGCAGGACGCCCUGAACGACAUCACGUACGAUCUUGCCGCUCUCGCCCUCGGGGCCAAGAUGACCGCUGCUUGGAUAACUUCGCACCUUUCCGAGACCGUCGACCUCACAUUCGGCAACACCGUGUCAGACUCGGCACGCCCAAUCGCGAAACUUCCAGGCCUCCGUGAACUGAAAGGCGAUAUGCAAGUCACGAAGCUCGUCACGGGAGACUUCGCGUCGUCGCUCUGGCUCAAAGUCUUUGACGUGCUCUUGGGUGGCUUUUGCUCGCAUCUGGCGUAUUCUGCCCAUACAUCCGCUGAUGACAGACUGAGCGAACUGCCCUAG